CUUCUGGAAAACAAACCAUCUAGCGCCUGCCUCUUGUCAUUACCAGCACUUAAAAGAGGAGCUUGGAGUGUGAAUACAUGCUCUGGCUGUGAAAUCUUUGAAAAUAUGGAUACAGCGUUUGAUCUGUCGUGCAGUUGAGAACCAUCAGUGGUGUGAGACAGUGAAGCUCAGACGUUUCACUGCCCCUCUCCCGGAUCAACACAAACUCAUCUCUGAACCCAUGGAGGGUCCUGUUCUGACAGAAAGUGAAGUUUGGAAAGUUGGCUCGGGGACCAGCACAAGUAUAAACACCGAUGAUAGAAGUAUUGACUGUAUGCCCCUUAUGAAUGACAACAGAACUGAUGAAAACCUGUCAAAAGCAUCUGAAAACCCAGGGACCACAGUCCAAGAGGAGAUCUGUUGCAGCAUCCAGGAGCAACCUGACCAAGAGGUUACCUCAGAUCAACUCAAGUCAGUUAUUCAACAUGAGCUGCGAUUAGAAGAAGAUUUAUCUUCCUCUCCAACAGCAGAUGAGAGAGAUGAGGCACCUGCGGCAGCGUGCAAACAAAAAAGGUGUGUUAACCAAGCAGAGGAUCCAGCAGAUAAGAUGUGCUUGGCAUAUGGCCAACAUAACCUUGACCAGGAGAUUACCAUACUGGUGACCAACCAUGACUGUACUUUAGAGAAUGAGGAGGAUGAGGAGUUUGGGGAGCUGAAGAUUUCCAGCUGCCCUGCUGAACCUGACACUGUCUCUUCAGUUGAGGGUGGAGGAGCAACUGAGAAAGAGAGUCUCGAUGGUUCCAUCGUCAUGGUGAACGUAAUUGAAGUCAGUCAAGUCCAGAAGACCAGCAUGAUAAGCCACGAAUCAACUGAGCAGAAUACCACCAAUGACGAACAAAGAUUGCCUGGAGAUCCAGGCGAUAGUAGCAAUGAGGCAAACUCUGGAAACAAAGGUUCAAGCACCCCACAGACAAUAGACGCAAGUAGCACAGGCGCAAAUACAGUGGCCUUGGUGGAAGUUUGCAGUCCGAAAGAUCAAUCCACAAAGCAUGAAUAUGUAGAAGUAAAACUGAAGAAAACUGAAUCGACUGAAACCAAGGAUGCUGGAAGGCCUUUGCAAGAGACGCUCUCCUUGACUCGGUCGCCUGGACGCAUACAGCACAUGCAAACCCAGGUUAGCCUGGAGGUGAUGUACCAGUCGGUGGCCACCAGCCCCAUGACUCCUCCCGAGGGCUCCACAACAUUCCUUUUUCCAAGCACCUUUGGAAAACUUGCCAACAAGUGUAGUACAGAGGUGGCACAGACCAAAGAUGCCGAGUUGCAGGUGGGCAUGCAGGUGGAAUUUCGUUCAGUCGCCACAGCUCCUAUGACCCCGAUCGUUUUGACCCCACCUGAGGUAAUUCCUGAGCCGGAGCCACGGAUCGGGGUGACACAAGAAGUGCCAGAACCUGUGCAGGAGGUGAGCUGGGAUGAAAAGGGAAUGACUUGGGAGGUGUACGGUGCGGUGGUGGAGAUGGCAGUGCUGGGCUCAGCCAUCCAGAAGCACCUUGAGAAACAGGUAAAGAAACAGAAGAAACAGCCUUUGACCUUACCCUCUCCAACAGAUGCUCUGCCAGCAAACCCAGCCGAAACAUCUAUGAUGAUGCCUUACAGUCCUCCCCCCACAUCAGACCUUGGUGAAAGCAGCUUGACCAAAGAAAAAAGUGAGGAAAAAAUGGUGCAGAGCGGCAGGCGUCGACAGAAUCAUUUUCGCCAGUGGUUCAGGAACAUCCGGCGACCAAGUUGUUGUUCAAGACCACGUCAAGAUGCGGAAAACUAAGGAAGGCACGGUAGUCUAAACCAAUUAAUAAUUUAAAAAAGACAAUCUUUCCAAGUUUUGUACACAUUGGACGUGCACAGGAUUGGGUUUUGUUCAAUGAUACGCCCCUUUAACAGUCUUAAGAUAUUUGAAAUGACUUGUAUUGACACUGCGUCACAAGAAGCCCCUAUAUGGAUAAUCAUAAUUUUUGGUUUGGUUUGAUACACUACGAACAAAUUAAUUUCCUAAUUUAUCCUUGCUCUUGACUUUAAAAUGGCUACUACUAGCUUUGAGUGUGUUUUUGCUUGCUUCUGUGCUACCCUGAGUUGUUGUGGUCAGUGAGGAUCACUUUUAAAGUGCCCUUUUACAAUAUUUCACACUAAUAAUUUUACCUUGUAAUGUAUACAUUUCAAACAUGUAUAUGAAUUUUUCAUGUACAUUUAAGGAACGGUAGACUACAUUUAUAUAGUGUUUCAGGCAACAAGUAAUAGAUGACGUCUCUGAUUUUUCAACAGUGAAAUGUUUGGUGUUGUUUGAAUUUCAGAUUCUUCUUUUUCUAUUGGUUUUUGUAUAACUUCGUAUUUAAAUGGGUUUGUCUUGUAUUUGCAGUUCAGUUCAGCACACCCAUAAUGAACACACCUUCAAGCCUUACAUUCCCUGUGGUGUUUUGUGACUGUUGUGAGAACUGUAAAGUGAAUAGUUUUGAAAUUAAAUCAUGUCUAAGGGAAAAACAAAACUUGAU